GAAGCCGACAUGGCGGCGGGCGUCAUCAGAAACUUCCUCGUUCGGGCCCCGGCUCCGGCCUACUUCCCCCUGAUCUUCCAGCGCUCUCCGUGCAAGGAAGACCGAGAUGUGGAGAUGCUGGAGGACAAGCCGGAGACGACGGAAGAUGAGGAAGAGAAAGAGGUAGACGAGGAGGUGGAGGAGGAGGAAGAGGAGGAGGAGGAUGUCGAAUCGGACGCUCAGGAGGAAGAGGAGGAGUGCUUGGAGGCUUUCUUAAAUCCGGCCCACCGCGCCAUAGAUGUGACGAAGCAGUUGCUGCGGUUCGCGGACGCCAUCAGCCGCGACGUCCAGCGUUACUUCGGCCGCUGCUCCGGGGACCGAGAAGGCUGCAACAUCUACAGCGACUCGGUUUCCGUCACGACCGGCGGGCGCCUGCGUUACUACGACGACCUUCUGAAAAUCGCAAGGGCGGGAAGCCAGGAGGAGCAAGAAAACAGCUCGGCGACCGGCCCCGGGGACCGAGGAGUCGGGGUUGCCGAGGGCAACGGCGGUUUGGGGCCCUUGGCCGAACUGUUCAGCCAAAGGGGCCCGAGCCGGGGCCCCGACCGGCCGAUGAUCAAACGGCUUCUGCCGCUCAGUUUCUGGACCGAGCCGAUCCCCUGCUGCCCUCUGGUCGGUUUCAGCAACACGCCUGAGGUCACGCGCGGUGACACACUUUCACGGGACAGCGCACACGCGGACUCUGACGCGCACUGCGAACCGCUGCCACACCACGACGCGCACGCCCUGGAAAACGCUCAGCUGGACUUCAGCGACUUGCUGGCGUACUGGGAUCCGAACCCGGAGCUCGCGCACACACUGGCGGAGGACGCACACAUGCAGCACUGAACACAACAGCUUUA